ACUUGCCAAGCUAUUAUUUGCACUCUUUAACGAUGACUUCUCAGUACCGCGUAAACUACCACCUGCGCGCGCACAAGCGCGACAACCUCAUCGAGUUCAUCAAAGGCAUGCUCCUGACGCCUUUCGUCCUGCACGCCCAGCCCAAGCCGGUGACGCAGUCAGAGCUAUCGGAAAUCGCCCACUCGCCGCUCCAGCGCCGUCGCUCCUUGGCCAUGGAGGAGAACGCGUUCCGCUACGCCGAAAUCAUGGGCAACAUCCAGACGCUCAUCGACGAGCACCGCGAGUUCACGAAAAACAGCAUCCCUAUGUACUCGCGGCUGGCCAAGCUGGUGCCCUCUAUCGGCAAUUUCUUCACUGCGCUGCCGCUGCGGGAGGCCUUCCUGCAAACAAACAACAUCAACGCGAUUUCAGCCCGCAAGCACGUGCCACCGAGCUUCAACGACAUUAGGCGCAUCCUGAAUACCGCCCAAGUCAUGGCCAUCGCCGGGAACGUCAAGCUGAUCACCUUUGAUGGUGAUAUGACGCUGUACGACGACGGAAAGAACUUUGAGGAAAACAACGCCCUGACUGGCCUCCUGGUGAAUCUGCUCAAGCGUGGCGUCACAGUGGCCAUUGUGACUGCAGCAGGCUACGGUGGCAAUGCCGAGCGCUACGAGCAUCGCCUGUCUGGCCUGCUCAAAAACCUUGAAAAGGCUGAACUCACCGAGCAGCAGGUCAACCGUUUCUACGUGCUGGGAGGGGAAUGCAACUUUUUGUUCCGCUGCAACGCUUCCUACCGGCUGCAGUUCCUCUCUGACGACCAGUACGAGUCCUCGCGCCUGCGCUCAUGGACUGACGCACAGGUCCAGCCGCUCCUGGAUAUUGCCGAGCACGAGCUCGCCGACUGUGUUGCGCGCAUGGGCAUUAAGGCCAAGAUCCUGCGCAAGGCACGCGCCGUCGGCCUGGUGCCGGAGCAGAAGCUCACCCGCGAGCAGCUGGAUGAGUGUGCGCUGUCGUCACAAAUGGCCCUGCUCAAGUUCCAGGGCCAGCCGUCGUCGACGCCCUCGGAUGUGCCGAUUCCGUUCUGCGCCUUUAAUGGUGGUAACGAUUGCUGGGUGGAUAUCGGAAAUAAGCUAAUUGGCGUCAAGAUUUUGCAGGAGCUUGUAGGCUCGGCUCCCGACGAGACUUUGCAUGUCGGGGACCAGUUUUUGUCAACUGGCAAUGAUCUGUCAACCAGGACUGCGUGCUGCACUUGCUGGAUUAUUAACCCCGAGGAGACCCAGGGGAUCUUGACCGAGCUGGAUACGUUCAUGAGCCAGAAGGAGUAAGCUUAGAGGGCUCUUCAUACACUAAAACCGGUACAGGAUACAGCUCCAUCAUCUUUAUAGGUGCAUAGGACUCGUUAGGGUCACAUCUGCAUAUCCAUUUUGGUAUGUCAGCAUGUUAUCCGCAUAACUAUUGCAAACAAUAUAUUGUUGU